AUGAUCGAUUUUGGUGACUUGAAGUCCGCUUCGGCCCUGAAGAAGCUAGAUGGUUUUCUGCUUACCAGAAGUUAUAUAUCAGGGUUUCAGCCUACUCAAGCGGAUGUCUCAACUUUCAUAGCCCUUGGGAAGUCACCGUCAUCAGAUUUUGGCAAUAUUUUACGCUGGUACAAACAUAUUGACUCUUUUGGUGCGGAACAAAAAACAUUUCCUGCUCCACAGGAAUCCGCCAAUCCUGAACCAGCUAAAUGUACAUCGCCUGCCGCGAGUGACGAGCUCGAUUUAUUUGGCUCUGAUGAUGAUGAUGAUGAAGAAUAUGAAAAACUAAGAAGUGAGCGCCAGGCUAUUUACGAAGCGAAAAAAGCAAAGAAGGAUAUUCCUGCAGCAAAGUCUAUGGUUGUCUUUGAUGUAAAACCGUGGGGCGACGAAACUGAUAUGGCGGAGAUGGAAAAGGCUGUCCGUAGUAUUCAAGCCGAUGGGCUGUUAUGGGGUUCGUCCAAACUUGUUCCUUUGGCUUAUGGGAUUAAGAAGCUCCAAAUUGCAUGUGUUAUUGAAGAUGAUAAGGUCGGAACUGAUAUGUUAGAAGAAGAAAUAACGAAGUUUGAAGAAUUUGUGCAGUCAGUUGAUAUAGCUUCUUUUAACAAAAUCUAG